AUGGCAAGGAUAAAACUCCAGGUUGUGGUUGUGCCCAUUUCACAUGUAAAGACGUCAUCCGAUGUGCUUGGUGCUGGGGUGCUGCGACGGUUUCUUCAUCUUACACUGGAAGAAACAGUCUUGAAGGUAUUGAUGGAGGAAAUCGUCACUCGAUUUACAAAGUUGUAUCCUGAUGAAGAUCAACUUGAGAUAGUUGGUCUUCAAGAUCAAUCUAAAUGUGACUUGGAUCCAGAUUUCACCGUCGGUGAUGUUUUUGAUUCCGGAGAUGUUAUACAAGUGAUAUGUGCAAAUGAAGUCUAUAAACCUCGUCGUAUGUCUUAUAGUCCUACUACUAAUGCCAAUACUUUUAAUGUGUUGGAAACUCCAUCUUCUCGAACUAAAUCAUCUUCAGCAUCAUCAUCUGGUACGGUUAUUCAAAGUACUCCAUUGCCGAAUCCAGCACCCGUGUUAACUGAACUUGUUGAAGUACCUCAAAAUGAUAUUGCAGACGAAUAUUUCCAUACUACAAAUCAUAAACUUCCAACUAAGAAAACAGGCACUACCAAGGUUAAUACUCCUGUUGCAACUGCCUCGAAUGGGGUCAAGAUUAAGACAGUUCAAGUAACAAAACCAAAAGGCUUUAAAUCUGCUACGGCCAAAGAUGCUAGUGUUACUAUAGUUGAUCCUAAUUCCACUCAAGGAGGAGAUCACAACGAUAGUAACGUUUCGUUGCCUCCUCCUCUUCCUCCUCAAAAAAAUGAUGUACUGCAAUCUCGAAUCAUUCCUAAAAAAAGGGUCACCAAACCAUCAUUUGAUCUUAGUGGAACCUCCUCCUCCACCACUCCUAAUUCAGGUAAAAGAGUAACAUCAGGAAUGCUUAAUGUUCCAUUGCAUACACAGAUUCAUUCGGAAAUCAUUCAAGGAUCAUCUCCUAAAAGUGUGACUCAACAGAAGGUGAUCAUCUCUUCGGAAGAUCUGUUUGAAGAAGACUCCAGCUUGGAAGAGUUAAAAGUUGAACAAGAAUUUUAUGAAGACCAAAGUUCUGAUGAAAUUGAGAAAGCAACAGCGAAAGUUGAUCCUUCAAAUGUUGAUGGUGAAACCAUGGAUAAAGAAGAUGUUCUAAAUCUUUUUAGGAAUGAGGGUAGGAAUUUGCAACGAUUGAAAAGAAAUUUACAAAUUGAUAUGGUCAAUCCGCCAAAAUUUGAUGGUACCAGAGCUCCUCGUGCAGCAGCAAAGAAAGCUUCCUCGAUGUUAAAGGAUACCCAUAAGCCACAAGUUCCAGCUCCGGCUCCGGCUCCUACCGUAGUAGUAAAGGUUGAAUCAUCUGACCUGCAGAACAAAACCACUGGUAAUAGUGCUUUGGUACCAAAUUCCAUGAGUAUCUCCGGUAGUAAGGAUACUAAUGUAGACCAAGCAACUUCUUCAAUUCCGCUGGUGAAUCCCAAACCGGGAAGACCUAGAAAAAUUAAUGAUUCGAGGUUAUCCCGUAUUGAACAAGAGGUACAAGAAUCUACUUCAGAAACUACCAAAUCAUUGUUUAAUGUUCUUCAAGGUUAUUCUAAAUUGGAAGCUGAUCCAGAGAACUUCAAACCCACUGAAAUCAAACAGGAUGGUCGUGAAUUCAUUCCGGCCAUUCUGUUGCAUGCAUCACCAAAAGUGACAAACAUUGGGCCCACUGAAGUUUCUACUAAUAAGAGGAAAAGGAGAACAAAAAAUAAAGCGAGUAAUACUCAACAGCCAAUGAAGUCCACCCCUAACUUGGAUUCAAAAAAUCCCAAGAAUUUGCAUGAGUCAUCAUCUUCAGAGUCAGACAGAUCUGAAAGUUCUGGCAGUGAGUCAGAUGACUUAGCAGAGACACGUUCGAACAAAAAGCCACGUCUUGUUAUGUCACAGCCUAAUAGACUGGAUCAUACCGGGGUCAAACAAAAGGCUUUUACACCUGCAGUCAAUAAGAUCAAGCAAGCUUCUCCAACGGAGAAAACACCAAUACCCAAUAGAACUAAAGUUAAUGAGAGACUUGAAACCAACCUUCGGACACCAAGUGCAAACUUGAGUAAUGGUGGGGGUUCAAUAACAAAGUCAACUUCAAUUUUGAAUACUCCUGGGUUACUAAGUUCAAUCAAGAAGCCAACGUUGGCUUCAUUAACAUCUUUGCAAGAUUUGCAGAAGAAAGGAACUCCAGACGUGCAUGAUGGUGCCUCACCCAAUCCUGCUAGUAUUCCCAAAAAGGUUGUUCCGGUUUCUAGCGGUGAGCUGGAUUCUGAGAGUGAAGUUACUUCCGAUAACGAGAGUAGUUAUUCUUCAUCCUCCAAUGAUGAAGAUGAGAACGAUGUUUCGGCAAAGUUCAUUACUACAAAGAAGGUUAGUCGGUAUAAGACACCUAAACUGAAGAAUCGACUUUCGAGCUUAUUCUCACGUAAAUGA